AUGAUUGCGCUCUUCGCUUUGACUCUUUGCCUGGCUGGGGCUGAUGAGAUGAUUCCAGAGGCCCUUGACGCGGAUGAUCAGUGUGCUUCACCUGGCUGCGCAGUGAAUGCUCUUCAGCUUCACGUGAAGGGUGCCCCGCCCAGCGAGCUGAGCGAGCUGUCCCUGAAGGCUUCGCAGGAAUGGCACAGCGGCUACUACGGCCACGCGCCCCGCGCAGACAUCUCGGCGUCCAACUACAAGGGCCUCAUGGCCAACAUCACCGUUCAGCAGAAGGCGAUCAUGGCGCUUUGGAACAGAAGCGUGAAACUCGAAGGAGAAGUUCAGGUGUUGGUGUGGCGGGUCCAGAACGAUUCAGGACUCAAGGUCCAGGAGUACGUUGCGCUGGACCAGGAAGCUGAGAUGUCCACUCGAGAGAUUUCCCAAGGGCAACAGCCAAGAGAAGAACACGUGAAGAAGUGGAUCAGCUACAUGGAUCAGGAGAUGGGGGCCGUCUUCAGGAAGUUGAACUCGAACGGCAAACUCGUGGCUGCCUCCGGAACACUGAUGAGCAAGAAUCCGGUUCCAUUGAAGCUGCAGAAUCAGAAGCAGACAGAGGUGGAGGCUCUGGCUCAGAUGGAUCCGAAUAUUACCAUGCCGGGGGAUCACAUUGGCAUCGGCGAUGAGCUUUGGAGGAGCGUUUCUGAGACCGUCACCAAUAUCCAUACAGCCCAAAAGUCAGCCGACAACCUUGAGGACCACAUCCAGAAGAUCAAUAAGAUGAUUGUUGACUUCAAUGAAGGCAAGCUCAUUCCGAAUGAGGACUCUGGCUACAGCGAGCAUAGUUUGCGGAGGCGUUUUCAAGAAAAGGACGCCCCAGUUGUUCUGCGCCGCUAUGAGCAGCGACGGGGGCACAUGAGCAAAGCAGAGAUGGACAGGCAUGCCUUUCACGUGGCUGCCUGGCUUGUAGCUCUCUCACCAGAUGCGGCCUUGCGGACGCACGGUGGCCUGUCGGUGGUCUCAUUGCUCUCGCAAUACUUGGAGUCGCUGCAGGAUGGGCGUUUGGGCGACCGUUUGGCGGGGAUGCUGCCACUGGUCAUCAGGCAUGUCGAAAGUUCAUUGGGAGACGACCCGCAGAAACAGCAGCUCCUGAUGCAGAUUGGCCAACACAUGCCAAGAGCGGCAAAAGUGAUGCGUUUGGAUAGCCAUGUGCCUUGCAAUGGCGAGAGAGUGUGCCGCCAGGAUUGCUUGGAAGACAACCCGCAGGGAGGGAAAGUGCAGAGGCUGGUUUCUCGGGAUAUUGACAUUCCCACUGUGGUGAACGAAACGCGUUCAGAGAGUCUGCUCAAUGCUGUACCUCCUGUUGAUGGGUGUGCCGAGCUGCAACCUCAGUCCAAAGCAGUGCGGCUGAUGCAGAAGUCCAUCCAGACCUGGAAGAACACGCCACUCGAGAGCCGGGAGUCCUAUGUCGAGCUGCUGGAGCAAGCAGUUGAGGACGCAGACAGUGCGAAUUUGCCGCAGAUCCUGCGGCGGGCCGUAGCUGCCUUAUCUCCGCCGCGUGGCAAGGCUGAGGGCGAAUCACAAGGCAACGACCUGCUUCAGACCGAGCUAUCAGCAUGCAGAGACCUGCAGGCCAGAUUGCGCAAAAUCGUGCUUUGGUGCCUGGAUCAGUUGGACUUGACGGACCCUCUUCUGGCCCCAUCGCUGGACUGCUUGCAGGCGCAUUUGCAGAAAUUCCAGGAGCUGCUUGAGAGCAACAGGUUAGUGGCUUGCAAGAAGCACUGGCUUCGCUUGCAGGCCAGGUGUCAGCCGCAUUUGCCUUGUGCUGCGAACUUUGACUGCAAAGCGCAAGCUGAUUCUACGUCAGCGAGAGACAGGCAGCGUGACAUGAAAGCCUGUGAGCAUGGCAGCAAGAAGCGGAACCGCCGAAUCUGUGCUUGCCCUCACGGCAAGGAGAAGCAAAGCUGCACUUGCCAGAGCAUGUCUCGGAACAUCAAGGCACUAGAUGCUUGGGUAGAAAGACCUGUAGCAUUGGAGCAUGCUGAGCGGAUCCAGCAUCACGCCAGGCGUUUUCAAGAAAAGGACGCCUCAGUUGUUCUGCGCCGCUAUGAGCAGCGACGGGGGCACAUGAGCAAAGCAGAGAUGGACAGGCAUGCCUUUCACGUGGCUGCCUGGCUUGUAGCUCUCUCACCAGAUGCGGCCUUGCGGACGCACGGUGGCCUGUCGGUGGUCUCAUUGCUCUCGCAAUACUUGGAGUCGUUGCAGGAUGGGCGUUUGGGCGACCGUUUGGCGGGGAUGCUGCCACUGGUCAUCAGGCAUGUCGAAAGUUCAUUGGGAGACGACCCGCAGAAACAGCAGCUCCUGAUGCAGAUUGGCCAACACAUGCCAAGAGCGGCAAAAGGAGGGAAAGUGCAGAGGCUGGUUUCUCGGGAUAUUGACAUUCCCACUGUGGUGAACGAAACGCGUUCAGAGAGUCUGCUCAAUGCUGUACCUCCUGUUGAUGGGUGUGCCGAGCUGCACCCUCAGUCCAAAGCAGUGCGGCUGAUGCAGAAGUCCAUCCAGACCUGGAAGAACACUCCACUCGAGAGCCGGGAGUCCUAUGUCGAGCUGCUGGAGCAAGCAGUUGAGGACGCAGACAGUGCGAAUUUGCCGCAGAUCCUGCGGCGGGCCGUAGCUGCCUUAUCUCCGCCGCGUGGCAAGGCUGAGGGCGAAUCACAAGGCAACGACCUGCUUCAGACCGAGCUAUCAGCAUGCAGAGACCUGCAGGCCAGAUUGCGCAAAAUCGUGCUUUGGUGCCUGGAUCAGUUGGACUUGACGGACCCUCUUCUGGCCCCAUCGCUGGACUGCUUGCAGGCGCAUUUGCAGAAAUUCCAGGAGCUGCUUGAGAGCAACAGGUUAGUGUCAGCCGCAUUUGCCUUGUGCUGCGAACUUUGA